CACCUGAUGCAGGAGAUGGGGAGCCAAAAGACCCAGGACUUCCGGCUCUCUCAUUUUCGUCCUCGGAUUGGCUGUGAGAGUCAUCUACUCAUUGGGCCUGCGCAGUGUAAAACUGACGGAGAGGAGGGGUUGGCGGGCAAGAUGGCUGCUGCUGCGGCCGGUGUGGGCCGGCUAGAGGAAGAAGCGUUGCGGCGAAAGGAACGGCUGAAGGCCCUGCGGGAGAAAACCGGGCGCAAGGACAAGGAAGAUGCGGAGCCAAAGACCAAGCAGCUUCGAGAAGGGGAGGAGGAGGGCGAGAAGCACAGGGAACUCAGGCUGCGGAACUAUGUCCCCGAGGACGAGGACCUGAAGAGGAGGAGGGUGCCCCAGGCCAAGCCCGUGGCAGUGGAAGAGAAGGUGAGGGAGCAGCUGGAGGCCGCCAAGCCGGAGCCAGUCAUUGAGGAAGUGGACCUGGCCAACCUCGCACCCCGGAAGCCUGACUGGGACCUCAAGAGAGACGUAGCCAAGAAGCUGGAGAAGCUGGAGAAGCGGACCCAGAGGGCCAUCGCCGAGCUGAUCCGUGAGAGGCUGAAAGGCCAGGAGGACAGCCUGGCCUCUGCAGUGGACGCCACCAAUGAACAAGAGGCCUGCGACUCCGACUGAGGCCUGCCCCGUGGGAGGAAGGUGUUGGACGGGUGGGGGCUGAGCUGGCCAUCACUUCCCGUUUGCCUUCAGAGCAGUGGCUCCCCACCCCGUCGGGGAGCCCGCCAUGGGGAGAGCCAGCUCCUGUCUCCCGAGCAGCUCCAUGGGCCUGCGCACGUAUGUGUGCGUGUACAUAUUGUGGACUUUUUUUUCUGUAAAUAGAAAUAAGCAGACCCCUGUGUGUGGCAGAAA